AAACAAGAUCUCUCUGAUUUGGAUCCUCCGAAUCUCCCCUCUUUUCAUUUUCACAUUCUUCUUAUUAUUUAUUCACCCUUUUCCCCUUCCUUCACCAUUCAUUUUCUUUUAUGAUACCAUUCUUUUUUCUCUUUAUCUCUUUCAUCAAUACUUCAUCGUUUUCGUUAAGGGAUGGCUUCUGCCGGCGAUGUUUUCAGGCAGGGUUUGCCGGAAGUUUGUGCUGCCGGGAAGUUACACGUGCUUGCUGUUGAUGACAGCCACGUGGACCGCAAGGUCAUUGAACGGUUGCUCAAAAUCUCGUCUUGCAAAGUGACGGUGGUGGAGAGUGGAAGCAGGGCUCUGCAGUAUCUGGGGUUGGAUGGAGAAAAAAGUUCCAUUGGUCUUGAUAGUGUGAAGGUUAAUUUGAUAAUGACGGAUUAUUCCAUGCCCGGGAUGACAGGAUAUGAAUUGCUCAAGAAGAUAAAGGAGUCAUCUGUUUUUAGAGAGGUUCCAGUGGUGGUUAUGUCGUCUGAGAAUAUCUUGACCAGAAUUGAUAGUUGCUUGGAGGAAGGAGCAGAGGAGUUUCUGUUGAAACCUGUCAAGUUGUCAGAUGUAAAACGCGUAACAGAUUUCAUAAUGAGAGGUGAAGGGAUGAAAGGAGUAAAAAUAUCUAAAAAAAGAAGCCGAUCAGAUGAUUGCAUUCCAUCUCUAUCAACUGCAUUCUCAUCAGUUUCUCAUCCCUGUGAUAUAUCAUCACCUCCAUCGCCAUGUGUAUUGCAACCGAAGAAAUCUAGAUUGAGCAUAUAGAUUGAGCAGUGAUGUAUGUCUCCUCCAUUUUUGCCAAACCAUUGUUCAUAUUCAAAAGCCUCAGAUGUAAUUUGCGUUUUUACACUAAACAUUGCUGACAACGAGUACUAGGAUUAGGAAUGAGGAAGAGGAUGACAGAAUCAUUUUGUUCUUUAGUUCGGUGGCUUACAUAUUUUUUUUGUUCAUUCUGAUGCUGUACAGAGAAAGUUCAUUAAAUUAAUGAAACCCUCUAUUUUGAGGGGUCUUACCUCAAAUAUUUGUUUA